UGCAUUAUGAAAAACAUGCACCUUCUAUGUGCGCACUAACAUCAAAGUGCACCGAGCCACAUUUUGAAUCACAGUCGAUGUGGGCCCUUCCAUCUUCCCCCAUAGCCAAGCCAACACCCAACUCAUCAACAUCAUUGCCAUCUCUGAAUUAUCUCCCACUCUUACCUUUCUGUCACCAAAAGACAUGUCCCCGUUCACACCUCAACCAAUCCAUUUGAUCAUAACACUAAUUAACCAUGUUAUUGUUCUCCUUUAUACUUGUUUUCUUUUCUCAUGUGUGUCUCUUCCUUGCUCCUAAAUCUAUGCCAUGUUCCUUGAGGACUGAGAUAACAACUCACAAAAAAUAAAAAAGAAGCUGUGGUUUUUGUGAUGGGGUGUUGAUAAAGGAGCUGGUGCUGGAAGGGUGUGUUUUGAUUCGUAUAAUGGGUAAUUGCUGGUGUAGGUGGGAGUCAUCAGAAUAUAGAGUCUCAUCCAAUGUAAAGUCAGAACAAAACCAGGGAAGCAAACAAAGAAACGAUGAUAGUAAGUUACCAUCAAAUCCUGAAGAAGUAGAAGACCUACGGCGUGACUCAGCUGCAAAUCCUUUGAUUGCAUUCACUUAUGAUGAGCUAAAGAAAAUCACUUCAAAUUUUCGGCCAGAUCGUGUGUUGGGGGGAGGAGGAUUUGGAAGUGUGUAUAAAGGCUUCAUUUCUGAGGAGUUAAGGCAAGGGCUUCCUACCCUUGCCGUAGCUGUUAAGGUUCAUGAUGGUGACAACAGUCAUCAAGGCCACAGAGAAUGGCUGGCAGAAGUCAUAUUUUUGGGGCAGCUUUCACAUCCAAAUCUAGUGAAAUUAAUCGGAUACUGCUGUGAAGAUGAACAUAGGGUGCUGAUAUAUGAGUACAUGUCCCGGGGAAGUGUUGAACAUAAUUUGUUCUCAAAAAUUUUGCUUCCCAUGCCAUGGUCCAUAAGAAUGAAGAUAGCAUUUGGCGCUGCAAAGGGACUUGCAUUUCUUCAUGAAGCAGAUAAACCAGUCAUCUAUCGAGAUUUUAAGACAUCAAAUAUUUUAUUGGAUCAGGACUACAAUGCAAAACUUUCUGACUUUGGCCUAGCUAAGGAUGGACCAGUUGGAGACAAAUCCCAUGUCUCUACUCGAAUAAUGGGAACAUAUGGUUAUGCUGCACCUGAAUACAUAAUGACAGGUCACCUGACUCCUAGAAGUGAUGUUUACAGUUUUGGUGUUGUUCUUCUUGAACUUCUCACAGGAAGAAAAUCUCUAGACAAGUUAAGACCUGCCAGAGAGCAGAACCUAGCAGAAUGGGCCCUUCCUUUGCUGAAGGAAAAGAAGAAGUUUCUAAACAUUAUAGAUCCAAGGUUGGAUGGUGAUUAUCCAAUCAAAGCAGUUCACAAGGCUGCAAUGCUUGCAUACCAUUGCUUGAACCGCAACCCAAAAGCAAGGCCUCUAAUGAGAGAUAUUGUGGACUCAUUGGAGCCUUUGCAGGCACACACAGAGCUCCCUAUUGGAAAAACAUUGACCAUAAUCAGUGAGGUUUCUGAAUCUGGCUUGAAAAUGAAAGAUGCAAAAUGACUUAAAAGGAGGGUGGUGUAAGGUGUUGUAGGUUUCAAUUAUGUUCUUUGGGAGAGGUUUUGCCUUAACUUCUUGUGUUUAUUAACAUGACAUAUAGGCAAUUUCUUUCUAUUCUAUCCCUUAUUUGCUUUUCAACAUGGUUGUCAUAUAUGUGCAGCUGGAUUACUGUAUGGACUGAUCAAUUUAAAGAGAAACAAACAAGCAAUAGCAGCAAAAAAGGAUAUUAUUAGCCGUUCUUUUGAUUUA